AUGGCAGAGAAAAAGCACAAACACGCACCAAGAGAGGAGUCUUCAAAGAAACCGGUUUCCAAGGUCAGGGAGAUACCCGGUCUGGAGACCAAGAAGCAGCAGAACGACAUCAGGUUCGACUCUGCAUUCGGCAAGGUGGACGAGGACAAAGUUUUGCAGAACUAUUCGUUUCUGAACAAAUAUAGACAGAAUGAGCUGGCCGAUCUGAUAAAGAUGUCGCGCGACAAAAAGCUAACAUCAAAAAUGGACGAGGAGCAGCUGGACGAGCUGAACCUCAAAAUCUCCCGACUACGGUCCCGGUUGGAUGUGAUAAAAAAUCGCGAAAUAGAGGCCAAGGUAGUGAAAGAUUACGGAAAACAGCAUCACGGACGAUUCUUGAAUCAUCGUGACAAACAGAAGCUCGUGAAUAUGAAGAAGUAUGAAACUCUUUCUGGAAAGCAGCGUGAGAAGGUGAUCGAGAGGAAGCGCAAGCGCAAGCUUGGAAAGGAGAUGAAGCGGUUUGGAUUUGAUAAAUGA